AUGAACGAGACUGUCCGUUUCCUUCUGAUAGUCGGGAGCAUCUAUGUCUGCCAUGUUGCUAACUCUUACUUGGCAGAGACGCUCUAUACGUCUCCUCCCCACAAAAUUGACGUCCGAUGGAUCGGGCUGAUCUUUGAGGGUGUCUGGAGCAUUAUCUUUGCAGAGGUGUAUCGCAUGGUCAGUAAAGCAUACGACGGCUAUGGGGCUAAAAAGACCGAGGGUGGAGUUGAAGACAGUGCGAAGGAUGGUGCCAGAGGUGAACCUGCGCCAUCUAAUAGCAACAGCGUUAAUGUCUCAGGAGUUGUCGAACACACCACGAGCAAAACCACGCGCAAAACCCUACGUGUGCACGAGUUUUUCCACGCUCUUGCGCAUCCGGAUUCGGAGCUAAAAUGGGCGCAGUCUCUGAUCGUCUGCGAGAUUCUGCUCGCUCUAGGCAAGGUAUUCUCUCUUCUGGCACUGAAAUACGUCUCUUACACAACCUCUAUGGUCUUCAAAUCCUCUAAAACCUUGGGGAUCUUAAUGACUGCAUUGCUGCUGGGGAAUGUGCAGCACAUCACACCAUUGAGGAUCCUGACCGUAAUUGCGAUAGUAUCUGGGUCACUUGUUUAUAGCCAUGCUGAGUUGCGAAGCUACAACGGCACUACACCACACCCCAUCCUAGGCUACAUCCUCAUGCUCUUGUCUGAGCUGUGCAAUGGGUUUGGGUGCACAUACCAGGACAUCUCCGUGAUGCAGUGCAAGCGGGAGACGGGUAUGCUCAUCAAGACCAACAUUAUCCAGCUAGCUAGCGGUGUCUGCACUCUCAUUGCCGGGAUAAUUAUGACUGGAAUCUAUAAUUCUAUAAACGACAUAGUGAUGCUCUCUCAUACCACCUCGUGGAUUGUUAAGCAGAAUUUAGCAAGCAUAUUCUUGACCCUGGGACUCAUACCAAUCAUCUACAGCUUGAAGCUGUAUGGUUCACUACUGACUGGCAUCAUUAGUACCGUACGAAAAUUAAUAACUGUUGUCAUCUCUAUGUUCAUGACAAAUACUAAGCCUACCACGCAGAACUGGAUAGGGAUAGGGCUUACCUUCACGGGCCUAACCGUUAGCGUGCUCGAGUCAAAGAUCAUGAAGGUGUUUGGUGCAAACAGCCGCAGUAAGAAUAAAAAACAAGAUUAA